ACUCGCGCAUCAGCUGAUCAGCUGAUUUGUUUCUCACCUUGCACAUAACAAUAGGAUACUGUUAUAUUUAGUAUUAUUUUUUAUUUUCGACGGUGUUAAUUAUAUGUACAAACCAGUGCCAUUAUUAAUCAAAUAUUGGUCGUGUUGUAUCGAUUAUGUUAGGAAAUUUUUAAAUGUAAUAUAAUUAAGUGAAAGUGUGCAACACGUGUAUUAACACGUGUUUUUUUUAUUAUAAAAGAGACGCGUUUACAUUUCUUGUGUUUUAACAAAUUAAAAAAGAAAAAAAACACUUGCACUUAACUCGUUGAGAUGGAUUUUAAACCAAGUAAUGGAUUUUUUGACUUGUGUAUAAAUGUAUCGAACGAGAAUAAGCAUCGUUUAGACGAUAUUUUAUUAAAAUUAUAUCAAAAUGGCUAUAAGACAGUGAUGUUAAAUCAAACUGUACAUGAAAGUGCUAUUGAUUGUGAUAAAAAAAAGAAGAAGAAAGGUGAAGAAAAUAUGGUGCCAGAUCCUAUUAAUGUGUGCAAACUAAAUGAGAAAUUUGAGGGAAAAAUGUGUAUACUUAAUAGGAUCACAUUUAUUUGUUCAAAUUCUACAAAAACACAUACAUUGACACAGUCUGCAAAUUUAAAAAAAUAUAACUUAUAUGCUAUUGUUCCUACUAAACAAGAUAUGUUGGAGUUUGCUUGUACACAAUUAAAUGCAGAUCUUAUCACAAUGAGACCAUCAAUUUCUGGCAUAAAAUUGAAAAGAAAGCUAUAUCGACAGGCAGUAGCAAGAGGUUUAUGUUUUGAAAUACAAUAUGCAGAUCUCUUAAACCGAAAAACACGGAUAGCAACUAUUCAUUAUUCUCAUUUACUUCACAUGUAUUAUAAGUGCAUGAAUGUAAUCAUAUCGAGUGGUGCAGACAACCCCAAUUUAAUCAGGAGCCCUUACGAUAUAAUAAAUCUUGGGUCUAUGUUAGGUUUAAGCGAAAGUAAAUCAAAAGCAGCUAUAUUAAAUCAAUGUCAACUUCUUCUUUUAAGAGCAGAAAGACGAAUAUCUGGCAAAGCAGUAUUUACAGUGGAAUUUACAAAAGAACCAAUAGAGGAAGAUAAUGAGGAAACAUUUUGAUAACGAGAAUGAAUGAGAAAAAAAAGGAAAUGUAUAAAUAGAAGCUGCUAACGUCGACUUGGAGACGGCGGAGGAUUCAAUUCUGAUCUGAAGAUCAAGCAG